GCUUUUCCCUCAUUCUACCCGUGGCAGGGCAAUUGAGCGACAUCCCAGGAAGUGGAUUAAAAAGGAAAAAAAAAAAGAUUUGUUUGCCGCAUGCAUACAGAAUGGGUUUUUUUUUAUUUCACACGUCAUGGCAUCGAGCGAUUUGUUUUAAUGCAACAAAGUCCAUUUUCACUCAGCAGAAGUGUCCCAAAAAAAGGAAUACGGAUCAUACCCCAACAACCCCCGAGUUAUUUUUUUCUCAACAGCAUUCAGCGGCUUUUUAUUACAUACACAAUACACAUCCCAACGAAGAGUUUUUACGUUCGCGAGAUGGUCACCCCAGGAAGGGUGAAGGAUUGAAAUCACAGCGGUCAUCCUUCCCGGUAAUUGAAGUUGGAUCCGGGCGACGAGAUAUCGACACCCCCGACCCAUUCACCAACACGCCAAUGAAGGGACGCCAGCGAAGGUCAGAUUGUAGGGUCUCACGACGAGAUUCGACCCGAAUGGAAAUUCUUGAAGGAGGAAGAAAAAGAAGCAAAAUGGAUUUUUUUCGACGGAUCGGCGGGGCCUCGAUAGACUUUGACCAGAUGGGAAGAGAACUCUUGGCCUCUUUCAAGGAAGGGAAACAUGCGGCCAUUGAGCACACGAAUUCCUCCUGGCCGGUUUACUUUUUUCGCACCUUGGAAUCAACCAUUUCGAGAGUGGUGGACAGAUUGUUUUCCCUCUACUUUGACCAUUGAAGGCCGGAUAUCCCCUAAUUGGCCGACAAUGGAUACAAAGGGAUACCCGGGGAAUCGGUUUCUGGUCCACACGUUACUUUUGGAGACAAGGCUGGAUUUGUUCUCUUUCGAUGACCAGAAGAAAUUUCUGGAUGGAGAGAAGGGAAAAAAGGG